AUGCGUCUUUCUACCGGGAAUUUAGUCCUUGCGAGCAUUUCUGGUGUUCUGGCGGCUUGCAUCAACCCGCCACCACGAGUACGCAUUGCCGAUGGAACUGUCAUUGGAUUUUCUAACAAUUCCAUCGAUACAUUCCAAGGCAUCCCUUACGCAGAUCCUCCCAUCGGAGAGUUGCGUUUCAAGUCCCCUCGGCGCCUCUCCUCGCCGUUUGGAGUUUUCAACGCCACAUCCACACCCCCGAGCUGCCCGCCACACCCCAUUGUCACAGACCCCAACAUCUUCAAACUGCUUCCACCUCCAUUGUCUGAUGCUGUGAAUGGAUAUUUUCACACUCCUACCAUCGUUAGUGAAGACUGCUUGAAUCUAGCUGUUCAACGGCCAUCAUCUACCGCACCAAACGCCAAGCUCCCGGUCCUCGUUUGGAUAUACGGUGGCUCAUUUCAAUUCGGCUCCUACGAAGACUAUGACUACUCACCCAUGAUUUCCAAGUCCGUCGCCCUAGGCCAGCCAGUAAUCAUCGUCCGCAUGCAAUACCGCACUGGGACUUGGGGCUUCCUCGCAGGAAAGGACCUCCAAGAAGAGGGAAACACAAACAUCGGCUUGAAGGACCAGCGUCUCGCCCUCCAAUGGGUGGCGGAUAACAUCGCCGCUUUUGGUGGAGAUCCUGACAAAGUAACCAUAUGGGGCGAAUCUGCGGGCAGCAUGUCGGUAUUCUAUCAAUCGAUUGCCUACAACGGUGACAACACAUAUCGCGGCCGAAAGCUCUUCAGGGGGGCGAUCAUGAACUCGGGCGCUGCUUUGCCAGGGCAGCCAGUUGACAGCCAAACUGCUCAGAGCUUCUAUGACGCUCUCGUCACGGCCACUGGAUGUGGCGGAGCUGCUGGCGGUCGUCUUUCGUGCCUGCGUAAGGUUCCCUACGAUACGUUGUACAACGCUACGGCAGUUAUUCCGGGAAUGUUCAGCCCCGACGGGCUCAGGAUGAGUUUUGUUCCACGCCCCGACCCAAAGGAUACAUUCUUGCCCUCCUCAAGUUUUGAUUUACUCAAAAACCAAAAGAUUGCCCCGAUCCCUGUGUUGUCUGGCACACAAGAUGACGAAGGCACACUUUUCGCUCUUUCCAUGCUCAAUAGCACGAAUUCAGCUACCCUGACUAAAGCGCUUCACGACCUCUACCCCGUCGCCCCUUCUGAUAUUUUCAAACCUCUUUUGGACGUCUAUCCGGAUCAGCCGUCUCUGGGAUCCCCAUUUGACACUGGGAAUGCCAACCAACUCUACCCAGGGUUUAAACGAAACGCUGCUCUUGUGGGCGAUUUAGCUUUCCAUUUCAAGAAACGCGCCUUCCACGAAGCUAUAGCUAGGAAGCUAAAGAUCUGGAAUUUCAAUUCCAAAUAUGGUAAAGCCACUCCUUUUCUGGGAACCUUUCAUGGUUCAGAUCUGGGCUUGAUGAGAACUGGCCAGCCUUUAGUGCCCUAUGAAGCCAUCCUUCGAUACUACAUCAGCUUCGUCAACUUUCUUGAUCCCAACAAGCUUGGCCAUAAUGGGGACCUGCCCAACUGGCCACAGUGGGAUAGAGACAGCAAGAAGAUGCUUGAGUUCAGGGACAAUGCCACGGCGGUGGUUACCGAUGAUGCCAGGCAGGAGGCGUUUGAAUAUUUCGUCAAGGUUCAAGACAAAUUUCUCUUCUAA